GGGGGUGGGGCCAAGUGUGCUUUUGAUGUCCUUUGCAGAAAGAGGUGAAGAAGGCGAGACUGUGGAUUGGGAGGUGGAGCCCCAAGCAGACCUGUUGUGAUCGCUGCAACUUACUCGAAAUUUCCUGCAGAGUGAUAGCCUUUAUAUAAGAUUACCCAAGGAUGAAGAUGGAAGGGCAAACUCCCACAAGCCUCGCAUUAGUAGGCAAAGCAGAAGGGACAGGAAAAGCCUCUCUUGACUUCCAGGCUGGGAGCAUUUGUGAAUUCCUCCAGAAGAGACCGCAAGAAAUUAAGCAGGAGCCGGGAGAGGGCUCCUUUCAGCAGUGGGAAACCCAGUGGCAGGAGUUCCUGAACACGGUGGAACCUCCUCCUAGAGGCUGGGGGACCCCAGAGGUGCCAGAGGACCCCACAACAUGGGAGGACGCAAAUGCCUUUCUGGCUUCCUUUGAACAAGUGGCCAAAGCCUGCCGUUGGCCCAAGGAAGAGUGGGUAGCCCGACUUUUGCCAGCCAUAAGCGGAGAAACAAAGCAAGUGUUCAGCAGCUUGGAUCUCAGAGACAGGAGUGACUACGGGAAAGUGAAGGCGACCAUCUUGCGAGGGGAUGCCCUGAGGCGUGAGAGGCAACGCCAGCACUUCCGGCAUUUCUGCUACCAGGAGUCUGAGGGGCCGAGAGAGACGUACAGCCAGCUCCAGGAACUUUGUCAUAGGUGGCUGAAGGUGGAGAGACACACCAAGGAGCAGAUCUUGGAGCUGCUUGUCCUGGAGCAGUUCUUAGCCAUCCUGCCAACAGAGGUUCAGAGCUGCGUGAGGGAAUGCUGCCCUGAGAGCUGCUCUCAGGCUGUGGCCUUGGCGGAAGGCUUCCUGCUGAAGCAACAAGAGGCCCAAAGAUGUGAAGAGCAGGUGGCUUUUGAAGAGGAAGACGGGAGUUUCUUCAAGGCGGGCCAUCCUGUGUUGGAGAGCGAGCCAAGGCAGUGGGGCUUGGAAGCCAAAGAGGAAGCUGAAGAGGUUGCCAGCCUGUGGGAAAGCAGGACGAUGAGAGAGAUUAAAAUGGAGAAUAUCCCCCAAGAUGGCCUUCCACUGGAAAAAAGCCUACAGCCUUUCUCAAGAGGAUUACAAGAAAACGUUUCCUUCCUGGCAGAGGUGGCUCAGACAGGAAGUGUGUGGGAUGCUGAAACUGAAGUGGAAGCAAAUAUGGAGUUGACAGAAAAAACUCAACAUCCCAGGAUGGAAGAAGAGAAUGUUGGCAAUCGAGCUGGGCUGAUGAGGCAGCUGAGAGGAACGGCAGAAACAAAAGAGAAGCAGAGCAAUAAAGCCGUAGUGUGCCAAGGUGGGAUCUUCUGUGAAUUCCAAAGCCAGAAAAAAGAACAGAAAGGGAAAAGCAGGAACAAGUGCCUCGUGUGCCGGAACAGUUUCACUUGCAAAUGGAGCCUGAAGGCACAUCAGAGAGUUCACACAGGAGAGAAACCCUAUAAAUGCUUGGAGUGUGGAAAGAGCUUCAUUGUGAGCUCAAAUCUCAUUUCACAUCAAAGAAUCCACACAGGCGAGAAGCCAUAUACCUGCUUGGAAUGCGGAAUGAGCUUCAGUGCCAGCAGGAGCCUUAGUUCCCAUCAAAGAAUUCACACGGGAGAGAAACCGUUUAAGUGUGCAGAGUGCGGAAAGAGCUUCACUGACAGCAGCAGUCUUACUAAACAUCAGAGAAUCCACACAGGAGAGAAACCCUUUAAAUGCUUGGAGUGUGGAAAGGGCUUCAGUGUGAGCUCAAACCUUAUUUCACACCAAAGAAUCCACACAGGGGAAAAACCAUACAAAUGCUCCGAGUGCGGGAAGAGCUUCAGUCAGCUUUCGAACCUUACUUCGCACCAAAGAAUACACACUGGAGAGAAACCAUAUAAAUGUCUAGAGUGCGGAAGAAGCUUCAGGUGGAAGACUCACCUUACUUCUCACAAGAGAGUCCAUACAGGCGAGAAGCCCUAUAAAUGCACAGAGUGUGGAAAAAACUUCACCAGGAGCACCACCCUGACUUCCCACAAGAGAAUCCACACAGGGGAGAAACCAUACAAAUGUUCAGAGUGUGGGAGGAGCUUCAACCGGCGAACAAAUCUCAAUUCUCAUAAAAGAAUGCACACAGGGGAGAAACCAUACAAAUGCUCAGACUGUGGAAGGAAAUUUGGUGACCAAUCAAGCCUUGUUAAGCACAAGAGGACCCACACGGGAGAGAAACCCUACAUGUGCUCAGACUGUGGGAAGGGUUUUACGACGAACACAAAUCUCACUUCACAUCAAAGAAUGCACACAGGAGAGAAAUCGUACAAAUGCUCGGAGUGUGGAAAGAAUUUUACAACAAUCACAAAUCUCACUUCACAUCAGAGAACUCAUAUUGGGGAGAAACCAUAUAAAUGUUUUGAAUGUGGAAUGAGUUUCAGUCAGAUCACAGCCCUCACUUCACACCAAGGAAUUCACAUAGAAAAGAAACCACAUAAUUGCUCAGAAUAUAGCAGGAACUUUAGUGAAGUAUCCUGCCUUAAUGCAUAUCAGAUAAUAUACACAGGAUAAUUUUUUUUUUUCAAAUGCAUGGAACUUCAAUCAGGGCACUGAUCUUAAUACAUGUGAAAGAAUCUAUAAUGGGAAAAUCAUGCAAACUGAGCUUUCCCUUACACACAAAGCAAUCACAUUCCUUGUGCUAUUAAGACACU